UCAGUCAAGAGCGGAGUGUGUGAGUGCACACACAAAAGAGAGAGAACAGACAAUAGAAAGAGAGAGCGGUUCUAUUCUGGUGUAUUUGUCUCCUCCAGACACCCAGGACUCCUCUGUCUCUCUCUACCCCGGCAGGGUGCGUUGCUGAUGGUGUAACACUAGAUCGGCUCAGCCUCCCCCCUUUGGGAACUCUGGAGCUCCCUCUCUCACCUUCUGUGUUUGCUCUCCACCGACUGGCUGACUUUCUUUAUUUGGAGAGUGCGAGAGUGUGUUUUACUCGGCAGGAUUAGGCAGUCUGUAUGCACUCUGGUACAAGCUGGUACGGUGGAGGGCGUUUCGUUCGUGAGUGUGUUGUUUGCCCUCUCGCUCUGCGAGCCACACUCGAGUCUCUCAUACACCCUUUGGCUCUAACGGAAACACGCACCUACUAUUCCCAAGGAUUUGGGAUAUGUGUAUAAAGGUUUAGCCUUCUCUGAAUUGUGGAUACAGAGAGGACUACACAUUACAACUUCACUGAGCAGGUUGAGAGAGGGAGGAUUUCCCUCUUGUAUUACCAGUGAGGUCUCCGAGUACUGAGGGGCUGCUUUUCCCAUUGACGCAAUUUCAGAUAGCGAACCUGAUGAGAGGAUGCAGCAGGAAGCAGAUGAGCGACUGAGCCCCACCUGAGCCCUGACUCCUGACCCAUCACCUCCCACUCCCGCCCCAACUGGCCAUCCCAUCAUGCACCUGCCAUUUCGAGGUCGUCUGAAGCUGCUAGUGGCAUCUCUGACCGCCAUCAUCCUGCUCACCUGGCUCUACCUGCUGGCUGGGAACCUGGAGAAUGGGCGUUCUCUCCUCCUGUCCCCCUGUCUGUCAGAGACCCCCGAGGCACGGGUUCUAGAGCGGGUGGUUCUAGAGUCGCGGGUGCGCGAGAUGGAGGAGGAGAACAGGCAGAUCCGAUUGCAGCUCAACCAAUUGCAGGGUACGGUUGGCCAGCCCGCCGACGGUGGUAACUACGGCAAUGCGGCGUGGGGGGCAUCAGCUGACACUGGGCCCGAGGAUGUGGAGAACACGGCAGAGGAGAGAGCCAAUCACACCGAGUGUCCCCGUUCGCCCACCAUACUGAAGUGUGAGCUGAUCCAUGUAGCGUGCGUGUGUGCCGGUCACAACGCCAGCAGAGAUGUGGUCACCCUGGUCAAGUCCAUCCUGUUCCACAGGAGAAACCCUCUCCAUUUCCACUUCAUCACAGACGCAGUAGCCAAUCAGAUCCUGAGUUCUCUGUUCCAGUCCUGGAUGGUUCCGUCUGUACAAGUUAGCUUCUAUGACGCAGACGAACUCAAGUCGGAGGUGUCAUGGAUACCUAACAAGCACUACUCAGGUAUCUACGGCCUGAUGAAGCUGACCCUAACCAAAGCGCUGCCCUCUGACCUCACAAAGGUCAUCGUCCUGGAUACGGACAUCACCUUCGCCACCGACAUUGCUGAGCUCUGGGCCAUCUUCAGGAAGUUCACUGACAAGCAGGUGAUAGGUCUGGUGGAGAACCAGAGUGACUGGUACCUGGGGAACCUGUGGAAGAACCACAAACCCUGGCCCGCCCUGGGACGAGGCUUCAACACUGGGGUCAUCCUGCUCUACCUGGAGAGGCUGCGACGGAUUGGCUGGGAGCAGAUGUGGAGGCUGACCGCCGAGAGAGAGCUGAUGAGCAUGCUCAGUACCUCGCUGGCGGACCAGGACAUCUUUAAUGCGUUCAUUAAGCAGAACCCAGUCCUAGUGCAUCAGCUGCCCUGCUUCUGGAACGUUCAGCUGUCUGACCACACACGCUCCGAACAGUGCUACACAGAGGUGUCUGACCUCAAGGUGAUCCAUUGGAACUCUCCUAAGAAACUUCGCGUGAAGAACAAGCAUGUGGAGUUCUUCAGGAACCUCUACCUUACUUUUCUUGAGUAUGAUGGGAACCUACUGAGACGAGAGCUUUUUGGCUGCCCCAGCCAGGCCACCUCAGAGAGCGUUCGGUUACAAGGAGCUCUGGAGGAGCUGGAUGAAGACGACCAAUGUUAUGACUUCCGGCGGGAGCGAAUCACAGUGCACCGCGUGCACCUCUACUUUCUGCAGUACGAGUACACGCCCGCCGGGGAUGACACAGACGUCACGCUGGUCGCACAGCUCUCCAUGGACAGGUUACAGAUGCUGGAGGCCAUAUGUAAGCACUGGGAAGGACCUAUCAGCCUGGCCCUGUACAUGUCAGACGCUGAGGCCCAACAGUUUCUGCGUUACGCCCAGGCCUCCGAGGUGCUGAAGAACCGUAAGAACGUGGGCUACCAUAUCGUUUACAAGGAGGGCCAGUUCUACCCCGUCAACCUGGUGAGAAAUGUGGCCCUGAGGAACGCCAACACACCCUAUGUGUUCCUGGCAGACGUUGACUUCCUGCCCAUGUACGGCCUCUAUGAUUACCUCAGAAAGUCAGUGGUCCAGUUAGACAUGGCCCACACUAAGAAAGCUCUGGUUGUUCCGGCCUUUGAGACGCUGCGCUACCGCCUCUCCUUUCCCAAAUCCAAAGCUGAGCUGCUCUCCAUGCUGGACAUGGGGACCCUCUACACCUUCAGGUAUCACGUCUGGACCAAGGGCCAUGCUCCUACCAACUAUGCCAAGUGGCGGACAGCCACCACGCCCUAUAAGGUGGAGUGGGAGGCGGACUUUGAGCCCUAUGUGGUGGUGAAGCGGGACUGUCCUGAGUACGACCAGCGCUUUGUUGGAUUUGGCUGGAACAAGGUCUCCCAUAUCAUGGAGCUAGAUGCACAGGAGUAUGACCUGAUGGUUCUGCCCAACGCGUUCAUGAUCCACAUGCCACACGCACCCAGCUUCGACAUCUCCAAGUUCCGCUCCAGCCCAGGCUACCGAUACUGCCUGCAGACCCUAAAAGAAGAGUUCCACCAAGACCUGUCCCGGAAGUACGGCGCAGCCGCCCUCAAGUACCUUACUGCUCAGAGGAACAUCUAAACCAGGACUCCCAAGGGCCACUGGGCUUCAUACCUAGGGCCCGAAUGGCCCCCAUGCUGCUGCCUCGCAAGUCUACAGGGGUUUGGGAAUACUGGCAACUAUCAGCCAAUAUCACUACUAAGCUUGAAUAGCUUUAAAGGCUUGUAGAACAUUCUGGAGAUGUGUUAGCUAAACUUUCUGGGGUGGUUUGGGCUGGGAUGACCCACCCAACUAUGCUACAAUGGGUUAUGACCCAAACUGGAAUAAAAACAAAGAACCAAACAGAUCAGACAUGACAGUGGUCACACGAUAUUGGGCUCACUGGGAAGACGUUUCUCUGAAAGGAAUGAGUGGUUGACUGAUUUAAGUCUGGGAGUAAGUGACGAUUAUCAUGAUUUGUUCUGACAAUCAGGGCCUUUUCUGAGGAAAAUACAUUUCAAACCAAUCCGUCCACAUGGGAUAUCUGUACCUGGAACUCAAGGACAGGAAUUUGGGGAAACACAGAACUGAAAGAAAAGAAAGUUGUAUCUUCCCUGGUCUCUUCAAGGGAACGAGUCGGAAUCACGUUCGGAGUGACCAAUCGAACUGGAGAAACAUUUAAGCCUUAUAAUUUUCCAUUAUAUUUAAUAAGAUAUUUAAUGAUAUCAGUAUUUUUCUCAAUGUAAAUGAUUAUCAAUUAAUAACAAACAAAUAUGGCAUACAUACACUAUCAGUCAAAAUGUUUAGAACAUUUACUCAUUCAAGGGUUUUUCUUUAUUUUUACAAUUUUCUACAUUGUAGAAUAAUACUGAAGACUGCACUUGAUUGGCUCAAACACAUUAAGAAGGAAAUAAAUUCUACAAAUGAACAUAA